AUGGUCCUUAAAACAGACUUCCCUCCCGUGCGAGCUUGCCUGUUCGACAUGGACGGCCUCCUCCUCAACACGGAGGACCUCUACACCGACUGCAUCAACCUCGUGCUCGAAAAGUACAACCGCCCCCGCCUCCCCUGGAACAUCAAGGCCAAGCUGCAGGGCCGCCCCGGCCUCGAGGCCACCCGCAUCUUCGAAGCCUGGGCCCAGUUGCCCAUCGACCAGACCGCCUACCUCGCCGAGGUCACCUCGCACCAGCGCCGCCUCUUCCCCGGCACCGACCCCUUACCCGGCGUCCAGCAACUCCUCUCCGACCUCGGCCGAACCCGCUACUGGGACGUGGCCCCCGCCAAAGGCCGCUCCAGGGUUCACAUCGCCCUCGCCACGAGCUCCCACCUCGCCAACUUCAAGCUCAAGACCGACCACCUGACCGAGCUCUUUAGCGUUUUCGAGACGAACCGCAAGGUCCUCGGCGACGACCCCCGCAUCCAACCCGGACGAGGCAAGCCCCUCCCCGACAUCUUCCUCCUCGCCCUCAAGACCAUCAACGACAGCUUGCCCGAGGGCGAGGCCCCAAUCACGCCCGAGGAGUGCCUCGUCUUCGAGGACAGCGUUCCCGGCGUCGAGGCUGGCAGACGCGCCGGGAUGCGUGUCAUCUGGGUGCCCCACCCCGGUCUGCUUACCGAGUACGCCGACCGCCAGCCCGAGGUUCUUGCCGGUAUCACUGGUGAAGCCGGUGACGUUGACCUCCACCAGGUCGGCCAGGUUGGCGACGGCUGGGCCGAGCGCCUGCCCUCCCUCGAGAACUUCCCUUACGAAAGGUAUGGCAUCGUCAUCCCCGAUGUCUCUGUCGACGGUGAAAGUCUAUGCGCCUCGACACUGCCGACGGCGAGCUCAUUGCCCAGACUGCCUAAGUUUCAGCCCUCGUAUUCCAUUGCCGCUUUCCUUUAUUGA